AUGCUCGCUAAACAUCUCUUACUGGCCGCCGCAUCCGCUGCUGCCGCCAUUGCCAGCCCUUUACUGCACAUCAAAAGAGACGACUUUGGUCUCGAGUGGAUGUCCAAAGAUGGAGCUUCUCCGCUGCCCAAGAUCGUUCUUUACGAUACCGGUGGUACUAUUGUCUCCGCGUCCAACUAUUCUCGUCUCGACAAUAUCAACUAUGGCUUCGGUGUCAAUCCCACAGUUCAGGAGCUCAUCAGCAACUAUAGCGAGAUCCUCAACAUAGCUCAGAUAGCAUUUGUCAAGUUUCCUACUAGUGGCGGGAGCUCGGGGCUCAACAGUAGCACCUAUUUCAACGUCAGCAAAGCUGCGAAUGAACAUUUGUGCUCGCCUGAUUCAGAGAUUACCGGAGCAGUGUUGAUCGGAGGUACAAACACCCUUGAAGACACGUUCUUUGGUGUCGACCUCACUCUCAACUGCUCCAAGCCAUUUGUUACGACAGGUGCUAUGCGUCCUCAGACCUACAUCUCUCAUGACGGCCCCUCCAACUUGUACCAAGCCUUUGCCGUUGCUGCCGACCCCAAGGCUUGGAACCGCGGAGGUCUCGUCGUAUUCAACGACCGCAUCUCGUCUGCCUUUUACACCAUCAAGACGGACGGCAACACUGUCGAUACUUUCAAGGCACUGGAGCAGGGCAAUUUGGGUACUUGUUUGGGAGGCCAGCCGUACUGGUUCUUUGAGCCCAGCUAUCCAGUGGCGAGGGGACACUUCGACCUGCAAGCGGCCGGAUUGACUAGCGGAGACGAACUCCCUAGUGUCGUGGUACUGUUUGGUUCCCAGGGCUUUGAUGCGUCCUUGAUGUACGCUGCCGUGGCGAAUGGUGCCAAGGGUAUUGUGAUCCAAGGAGCUGGUGCUGGUCAACUCUCGCCCGACGCUGUUGCUGCUGCGACCGUCUUGAAGGAACAAGGCAUUCCUGUGGUUGCCUCCCUUCGACCCGUCACGGGCGCUUCCGUGCCUAGACCAUACGCGCCAUCAUACAUUUCGUCUGGUUACAUGCAAGCGGGCAAGUCUAGGAUCCAGCUCCAGCUCUGUCUUGCAGUCGGAGCGGGAUGGGAUGGGUGUCAAGAAGCCUUUGAAAAGGACAUGCGGGAGGCUAUCUACAACCGCCUUACCACGUAUUACUUUUAA